CCUCUGCCUCCCUAUUUAUAUUUAUCCAGUGUUAAGUAUCCGAGGUAUUCAGGAAGAAGAUCCCCCUGACGCUCAGCUAAUGAGACUAGAUAACAUGUUGCUGGCUGAGGGUGUCUCCGGUCCGGAGAAGCGGGGAAGAGGAGGACCAGCGGCCAUAGCGGCAACAUCAGGUGGCUGUCCAAAUGACAAUAGCAUUGAACACUCUGACUACAGGGCCAAGCUGUCACAGAUCCGACAGAUAUACCACUCUGAGCUAGAGAAAUAUGAACAGGCCUGCAGUGAGUUCACUACCCACGUUAUGAACCUGCUCCGGGAGCAGAGUAGAACAAGGCCAAUUUCACCCAAAGAAAUUGAGCGCAUGGUGAAUAUAAUUCAUGGCAAGUUCAGCACCAUCCAAAUGCAGCUGAAGCAGAGCACGUGUGAGGCAGUGAUGAUCCUGCGUUCGCGGUUUCUUGAUGCAAGGCGUAAACGGCGUAACUUCAGCAAGCAAGCAACAGAAGUGUUGAAUGAGUAUUUUUAUUCUCACCUGAGUAACCCUUACCCCAGUGAAGAAGCCAAAGAAGAGCUAGCCAAGAAAGGAGGCAUCACAGUCUCACAGGUCUCUAAUUGGUUUGGUAACAAGAGAAUCCGGUAUAAGAAAAAUAUGGGAAAAUUCCAAGAAGAGGCUAACAUUUAUGCCGCUAAAACUGCGGUGGAUGCUACCAAUGUGGUAGCCCAAGGCAACCAGGCAAGCUCUCCACCCACCCCAAAUUCUGGUGAGUACAGAAAAGCUGUGUUUAAAAUGGAGCUUGUCUUCUCAGCUACUGAGUGAAGCUGAGGCUGGUGG